AUGCCUCACCGUUCCGGCAUCGAUGUAUACCGAAAGGUUGACCCCGAGGCCUCCCUCGUCUUGAUUGGGAUCCGCGGAUGUGGGAAACGGUCGUUAGGCUUCGUCGCGGCGACUGCGUUGAAGCGACGCUUUAUCACAGAGGAUCACUACUUCAAGGAGGUUACCGGACUUUCGCGCCAUGAGUACUUGAAACAACACGGAAGUCAGGAAUUUCAGCAGCGUGACAUUGAAGUCCUCAAGAAGAUGUUGGACAACCACCGCUCAGGAUGCGUUAUCGAAUGCGGGCUGGGGAGCUUGACUCGACCGAUCCAAGAACACCUACGGCGCUAUCGCGAGACGAACCCGGUCGUGCAUAUAGUUCGCGACAUGCAUCGAAUACAGAGUCUACUAGGCCUGGAGGAUCAGGCAGUCAAGUUGCUCGGUGAUGGUGAUGCACUCCACCGGACCUGCUCUAAUUUCGAAUACUAUAACAUCGAGGACCGCUCGAGCUCAUCCGCACAGCUCGAUGAGGAAACACAGGAUCGGCGAUCAAUGGGCUACUCUUUCAAGCUGAAAGAGGCAAAAGAAGACUUCACGCGAUUUGUCCGAUUUGUGACGGGUACCGAUGUCGGCCAUUCCAGCUACGAUUCCCCAUUUGUCCUCUUGGAAACUCCUCCUGAGCUACGGUCUUACACUUAUGCUAUCUUCGUACGCUCGUCCGAUUUGCUUGACAACAGAGUCAAGUUGUCCGAACUUGAGUCUGGUGGUGAUGCGAUCGAGCUCUGUGUCGACCAUUGGAGCCCAGAGAUGGCGAUGACAGUCAGCAAGCAAGUAUCCGUGCUCAGGAGGAACACACACACGCCUAUCAUCUUGUCCAUCGAUUCUCGGGCAAUAAAAACGACCAAAGCGUAUUCGGAAAUCGUGGAGCAUGGGUUGAGGCUUGCUGUGGAGUACUUGGUUAUGGAUCUGGAUCAGGAUCAUGCUUCUAUCACCGAGGCUAUCCGAAACCGGGGCGCAACGAAGAUUAUCGGUCAACGCAUUUUCGAGCCAUCGUCCGCGGUAACUUGGGAUGAUGAGGAGUGUCUAUCGAGUUACCUAGAUGCGGCAUGCCUCGAGUGCCAGCUAGUUCGAAUUCUCCGUGUAGCAACUGAGCGCGAGGAUAAUGCAGCAAUCGCCAAGUUCACUGCUAAAAUCGAUUCGUUGCCUGGUAGCCAUCCGCCUAUUAUAGCCUACAACAUCGGAAGUCUUGGGCGUACGUCUCAGGUGUUCAACUCGAUUCUCACCCCUGUCUCUCAUUCCGGUAUCGACCGUCUCUCCAGAAAUGAACGGGACCCUCAGAUUACUUCCUGUGACGCAGUUCAGGCCCUGUUCCAGAGCUACGUGUUAGAUCCGUUGCAAUUCUAUAUUCUUGGUGGCAGCGUAGCGUACAGUUUGUCUCCCGCAAUGUACAACGCCGCCUUUCGCCACUGUGGCAUGGAGCACACCUACAGUAUUCCUGAAAAACCAACACUCGCAGCCCUAGACCGGCUGGGCCGGGAUUCGCACUUUGGAGGCGCCAGUGUUGUACAGCCCUGGAGGGUGCAGGUUUUUCAGAAGCUCGCUGCAAAGAGUCGCCAUGCUGAAGCUAUUGGAGCGAUCAAUACCAUUAUGCCGCUACGUGGUCGAUCAGAUGGGACAAUGUUUCCGCUCCAAGAGCAAGCUAGCCGUCGUCACCUGGCCGGUCCGGUGUUGGGAUGGUACGGCGAGAAUACCGACUGGGUUGGUAUAAUGACAUGCAUUAGCCGCAAUCUAUCACCGCGGAAUGCGAUUAGUCCGAUGAAGACGACAGCAUUAGUGAUUGGAGCGGGUGGUAUGGCGCGUGCCGCGAUAUAUGCGAUGCUGCGGCUGGGAUGCCGCAAGAUUUUCAUCUACAACCGGACGUUGUCUCGCGCGGAGAGUGUUGCUCGUCACUUCAACUCAUGGGCCGCCUCACAGGUUGGAUCGACCGAAGUUGUAUAUGUACUUCGGUCACUGCAAGACGACUGGCCGGCGGAUGCCUGCCCUCCGUGCAUGGUGGCAUCCUGCGUCCCCGCGGACCCGGACAGAGAUGAGCCUCCAGCCAAUUUUGAGAUGCCGAUGCAGUGGUUGGGAAGCCCAACCGGCGGAGUAGUUUUAGAGGUAUGUCUCUAA